UUCUUUUCCUUUAGCGGUGAAGGUGCAUCAGUUAUCGGUCGUCCCGAAGCCGGGUUCAUCCGACACCCUCACCAACCAAGCUGAACUGAGCUCAACCUCCACAGCAACAAAAUGCCGCCCAAAUUCGACCCCAACGAGGUUAAAAUCGGUAUGUUUUGCGGGUCAGAGGGUAAUAAACGCAGAAGCUGGUUCACAGCCGACACGGAGCCGCUGUGUGUCGGCUUCUUCCGGCCUGCGGGCCGCGCGCACAACACGUCUCCCAAAAAAGUUGGUGAUGACAUCGCCAAGGCCACCGGUGACUGGAAGGGCCUGAGGAUCACCGUGAAGCUGACCAUUCAGAACCGUCAGGCUGCUAUUGAAGUGGUUCCCUCUGCUUCUGCCCUGAUCAUCAAAGCUCUGAAGGAGCCUCCUCGUGACAGAAAGAAGGUCAAGAACAUUAAGCACAGCGGCAGUGUGACGUUUGAUGAGAUUGUGGGCAUCGCUCGCACCAUGAGGCCUCGCUCCAUCGCCAGGGAGCUUUCUGGAACCAUCAAGGAGAUCCUGGGAACGGCUCAGUCUGUCGGCUGCACCAUUGAUGGUCGUCCUCCUCAUGAUGUCAUCGAUGAUAUCAACAGCGGCAAAGUAGAGUGUCCGUCUGACUGAACGGGAAUCGUUUUAAAUAAAACAUUGACAAACUAA